AUGUCUCGCGAACUUAUGGUUGCCGACGGUGGCGAAACUAUCGGAAACACGCCGUUGGUCCUUCUUCGGAAUAUUACGAAAGGAUUGGAUGCGAGAAUCGCCGUAAAAAUCGAGUACCUGAAUCCGUCGUGUUCUGUGAAGGAUCGAAUCGCAAAAUCGAUGGUGGAUGAGGCGGAAAAGGCGGGACGAAUUGUUCCCGGGAAAACGGUGCUUGUGGAGGGAACUAGUGGAAAUUUGGGAAUCGCGUUGGCUCAUAUUGGAAAGAUUCGCGGAUACAAAGUGAUCCUCGUAAUGCCGGAAACCAUGAGUGUCGAACGUCGUGCCAUGCUUCGUGCCUAUGGAGCCGAAGUGAUCCUUUCCGACCCGAUGGAAGGCCAUCCAGGAGUCAUCAAAAAAGUAGAGAUGCUUUGUGAAAAACUUACGAAUGCAAUCUGUUUGGAUCAGUUUUCAAAUCCAGCCAACCCAGCAGCACACUACCGUACCACAGGUCCAGAAAUCUGGCGCCAAACUCAGGGAAAAGUGGAUAUGGUCUGUUUUGGAGUUGGAUCAAGUGGAACGCUCACUGGAGUCGGACGAUAUCUCAGACAACAAAAUCCAGACAUCAAAAUUUAUCCAGUGGAGCCGUAUGAAAGCUCCGUGUUGAGCGGAUUUCCGAGAGGAAAGCAUAGAAUUCAGGGUAAGUAUUGGUGCUGGCAUCAUUCCUGGCAACGUGGAUCGUUCCUGUUCACCGAAGUCAUACGUGUCAAAUCCGAUGACGCGAUGACAAUGGCACGUCGGCUCGCUGACGAAGAAGCCAUCCUCGGUGGCAUCUCAUCUGGAGCCAACGUGGUCGCCGCCGUGGAGCUGGCACGUCGUCCCGAGAACAAGGGAAAACUGAUUGUGACCACUGUGAAUAGUUUUGCCGAGCGAUACUUUACUACGGAAUUGUACUCGAAUGUUCUGAAUGAUGUGUCCAAGUUGAAAUGGUCCAAUGAUGAGGAGGCUGUGAUGAUAGCGAAAAAGUAUUUGGGGAUCUGA